GGAGGAUUCUUCUAUUAUGCCACCAAGACUCUGAAAAGUCUAUUAGAACUAAAGUGGAUAAAAGUGGACAAAUCUCAGAAUGACCACAGGCUCAGUGAUUUUCACCCCAAAUGGUGCUCCAGCAUCUAGUACUUACUCCUAUAGCACCCGCCCCCGAGUUGUGCCCUCUAGAAAACGAUUUCCAGAUCCAACAGCCAGUGAUCAGUGAGUAGCAUUGCCUGACCAUAAUAGUCCUAGCCUCAGUCCUCAGUCCCAGAGUGGAGACUGUCUUGGCAUGAGCAGGCCCUCACAUCUCCAACUUUGGCUUUUUUCUAUCCUAUCAUCUACUCUGCUUCUUCUCUCACAUAUGUCCACAUGAGCAGUAAGUGUGUCCCACUAUUGGGGUACCUACUCUAGGGUUGCUGUAUUUCCUCAUACAGUUACCUUAGAGCAGCUUUCCCUAACCUUGUGCCCUCCAGCCAGACGUUUUUGGACUCCAGUUACCAUCUGCCCCAGCCAUGAUGGUCAAUGGUCAAGGUUGAAGGGACUUGUAGGUCGCUUCCUGUUGGGUGUUUACCAUGGAAAUGGUGCUGUUCACACAUGCAGGUUUUCCGCAGCGUUCACACAACAUCAUCGGCAUCGCAAUGCCAGAUCAUAUCCCCUGCCCUAUUUAAUCUGGAUUUUCCCUUUCCAUGAAAAAUCUAAUAAAUGUCACCAAUGACAGAUUCAGAAAAUCUAAAGAGCAGCAGGCUGGGGAACACAGCUUUAGAGUUUAAAGCGGGAAGAAAACAAACGAACAAAUGGUACAUCAUCAUUGUACUCAAGUUCUUAAAAGUAGAAUUAUCUAUCGGUUGCCAUGUGAAUAAUGUGAUUUUGUAAUUGGUGGUAAAAUAGUAGAAAGUGAUCUCUUGCACACUGUAAAUGUUCCCUCUCCGUGAGAAGGCAAAACCUUGUAUCUCUGGAUUUUUCUGUAAGCAACAAGACUACAUGUGAAUCCAUCAUGCAGUUAUAAACUUUGCUGUCCUGUUUUUCAAAGCUUCCGUUUGUUACUGACUUAAGAUCUUUCUGACUUUUGGGCCAUGUAAUUCUUUUACUCUUUUACUCUUAACCAGAACAACGCAGUACACCAGCCUCACAAAGGGGAGAUGGAUCCAAUAUGGCUCUUGUUGUGCUAAUGCCCCACUUGCUAAUUAAUUUGUCACCUUACAUAGCAUUCGGCUUCAUGGGGAGAAUUUUCAGGCAGUAACCUUUCACUUUCAUGGCUUAUUCUAAAGAAAUCCACCCACCAGAAGUAAUAUGUUGCACAUUAUACCAUUAAAGCACCCUCAAAGGACAUUGUUUCUACUAAAGAAUUCUGGGCACUGGGCAGUUGUACCUUGGAAGUCCAAAAGCUUAGUUCCCAAACGUUUCGGCUCCAAACAUCGCCAACCUGGAAGUGACUGUUCCAGUUUGCGAACUAUUUUUGGAAGCCAAGCAUCCGACGGGGCUCCUGCAGCUUCCGACAACAUUUCAAACUCCACUGAACUUUUUCUUGUCUUAAUUUAAUGUAUUUCAGUGAAGAAUACCCAGUCUGCUAUGGGAAUCUCAUGUAUGACAGAAGAGUGGUUCGAGGCAACACAUAUGCUCUUCAGUCAUUACCUUGGGUAGGUCCUUUUUACACAAAUCUUUAUAUUUUUCUUGAACAUGAGAAAACAAGCAAAUGGUGGUUGGAAAUGCACACAUAUAUCCAAGAGAACACUGUUGGGGCUGGUUCACACAUUAAUGUUAAUCAAAUGAUGACUUCAGCAUCAAGCAACGACUUGCAUGUGUGAAUGGGCCAUCACAGGGUUAGCAGAGGAAUGCUGCAGAUUAAGAGGACAUGGCUGACAAAUAUCCUGGGGUAAGCCAUGUUUAACGCAUAUGGAAAACUACUUUAGAACCUAUAGUGGAUUCUGAAAGUAUCCAGGGAUUCCACAGUUAUCUCUCCAGGGGAGGAAGAACUUAGUUGGGAUUGGAAAGUAAAUCAGAGGGAAUGGUUCCAUUGAGUUCUGGCUGAAAUAAAGCCCUGUCUACUGCCCAGGUUAGCUGCUAUUUUAAGAGGAACUUUCCACCCCAUUUCCCAGUGCCCCGCUGAAACUGAUCCUGUUGAGAUUCAGAAGCAACGAGAAGCCCACCAGAAAAUGCUUGCCAGAAAGAGAGCAAAGGAAGAGAGCGAAGUCCAUGCCCCUCAGGUUGAGAUUCCCCAGCUCCGGGCCGAUGUGCAGACAGGUAAAGCGCCAGAAAUCCUUGUGCAGGGCUUUUGCUGACACAACUCAUUGGUUGACUCUGACCCACACUAUUUCAGUAAAGAUUAUUGAUUGGUUGGUUUUAUUUAUAUCCUGCCCUUCCUCCAAAAAUAGCCAAUGGGAGCCAUGCUCAGGGCCACUAAGAGGGGGUUUGAGCCCUGGUGGAAAAAAAAUCAGACCUCUCCACCCCAACAAGGGCAGACCAGCUAAAAACAUUUAUGGUACAUGGGAUAUAAAAUAAAUGUGUGGUCUCAUUUUUACAUUAAUGAUAAAUAUGAUCAUAUCCGUACCUGUUGAGGAUAUUAAGAGCCUAAUGACUUACCGUAUAUCAAUAAUAUAAGCACCCACACAAUCAUUGCUGAACUUACCAUACACUUUAAAUGUUAAAUUUAUACAUGUAACGCAACACAAUGAGUAUCACAUAACAACUUUGUUAUAUUUGUACAGCGUUCACAUACAAACGUGGCUGAGCAUAAUAAGUUGAGACUGCAUUGUCCUAAUAAUGUCAAAGCUCAGAAGCCAAUUCAUAUAAAUACUGGGAAUUGCUUGGUCCACAGCACAGAUUCACAAGCCAUUAUUCUGUGCAUGCACUGACCAUGAAACAUAUAUUUUGGUAAGAAUUACAUAAAACAUAUGCAAGAUAGUCGGGCCCCAGAUCCCAUUCUGAACCUUGGUAAUUUGUACCAGCUUCCCCCACCCUCACCCCUCUUGUCAGCCCUGCCAAUUUUAAAUUGCGGAAGCUAGGAGCCCCCUAACCAUAGUCUUCAUUGUGUGACUGUUUCAGAAUUGUACCUGGAAGAGAUUGCAGACCGCAUUAUCGAAGUUGAUAUGGAAUGUCAAACAGAUGCUUUCCUGCUGAGACCAGACAGCCCCUUGUUCGUACCAUCAAAAACUGGGGCAGAUGUCGCUACACAAAUAGAAGAAGGAGAGGUAUUCAGAGCUUAAUUUACCUGAUAAAACUACCUGAACAGUAAAACCCCUUCUCCUCUUAAAUUAAAGCAUUCAGAAAUGCUCUGCAGGUUCAGAUGAAAAGCAACUAAUUCUAAUAGGAUAUCCGACCCUGCCAGAUUUUGCCACGAAAUGAAGCUAGAGAACAGACAACAGCUGGCACAAUAGGAUGGAUCCAGCCAUGAUCAUGCUUAGAGUUGACCCAUGGACAUCAAUAGAACUUAAAUUAUGAUUAACUUAAGCCCCACUAUUUCAAUGGCUCUACGCUAAGAUUGAAUGUCCACUUCCAGCCCACUAUCUCCCCCUGCUAGAUUUGUUAGCAGCCUUGGAUUUUCUUCUGGACAGAGUUUGUUUUAAGUUCCAAAUAAUGUAAAAAUAGUUAUGACUUCAGCAUUUGCUAUUAUUAGUGUUACUGUUUAUCCAUCAUUUGCAAAAGAUUAACAUGCUCCUUGCAAGUGCCUUAUCUAGGUUUGUCUUAUUUCAAAAAGUUUUUUAAGAAGACCCCAAAAUUGUUGAGGGGUUUUUUUGUUUGCUUGUUGUUGAACUUUUUUUUACAAAAGCGUGAUUUUUCAAUUGACUUGAAAUUCCAUCCGGACGUCAAUUCCGCCUUUGAAAUCCACUGGUAAUGUCCGGGAAAAUCCGGACGUACGGCAACAAUCUUGUCACCAAUGAAAGGCUCAUUUGUAAUUUCAGAAAUUGUUUCAGAAGUCAGUUAUUUCUGUUCCCCCUUCAUAAAACAUAACAUUAUGUGUUGACUCAGCACUGGCUUUUUAUCCUCAGCUCUUUGACUUUGAUAUUGAAGUCAGACCAAUUGUUGAAGUUUUAGUUGGAAAAACCGUGGAGCAAGCUUUGCUGGAAGUCACGGAGGAAGAAGAGCUGGCCAAUCUUCAGGCGCACCAGUUCGGAUAUCACGAACUGCGCAACGCAGAGCUGGCUGAAGUCCAGCGCCUUGAACAGCAAGAGAUACGAAGGAAUGAGGAAAAGGUAUAGAGUUUGGAUUUGAUAUCCCGCUUUAUCACUACCCUAAGGGGUCUCAAAGCGGCUAACAUUCUCCUUUCCCUUCCUCCCCAACAACAAACACUCUGUGAGGUGAGUGAGGCUGAGAGACUUCAAAGAAGUGUGACUGGCCCAAGGUCACCCAGCAGCUGCAUGUGGAGGAGCGGAGACGCGAACCCAGUUCCCCAGAUUACGAGACUACCGCUCUUAACCACUACAUCACACUGGCUGGUGUGAACCCAAGUUUCCUUGUUCAUUUGAAAAAUUCCUAACCCGCUAUUCGUUCUGUAAAAUCACAAAGAGAUAGACAUCAUAAUAAAUGUAAUACAGUCAUACCUUGGAAGUCAAACGGAAUCUGUUCCGGAAGUUUGUUCGACUUCCAAAACGUUCAGAAACCAAAGCACAGCUUCCAAUUGGCUGCAGGAAGCUCCUGCAGCCAAUCGGAAGCAGCAGAAGUUGCACCAGAUGUUCAGCUUCUGAAAAUCAUUCGAGAACCAGAGCACUUGCUUCCGGUUUUUGAUUGUUUGAGAUCCAAGGCGUUUGAGAUCCAAGGUAUGACUGCACAGAAUAAGAGUGCCAUUACAAUCUUAGUACAGCUAAUAGGAAACAAGUCAGGUAAGGCAAACCUGCCCAUCUCCACCAGUCGUGGAUGGGGUGAUGAGGCAGUUGGGCUCACUUGACCUCCCAAUAGCUGGGUUGCUGCUGGUUACUGGGAAGUGGGGAAAGGCAAGGCGGCCUGGAGAUUGGCGCAAUGCAAAUACACCAUGAUCUUUAUUUGGACCAUUUAUAUACCACUUAAUUACAAUCAUCUCUAAGUGGUGUACAAAUAAAACAAAGAGUGGUAUUCAAGUAAGUUUUAUUCAGAGUAUAUUUAUUGAAAUAAUUAGACCAAACUUUGCCACAUGCACUCAUUUCAGUGGGUGGAAUUCAGUGUAGCACUAAGGAAAUCGUUCCACCAGUUCAAGCAUUUAGUUCUCUUUUCCCUUUAUUAUCCCUCUGUUUUAUAUUAUGCUGUUAAAUUUACCUUAAUCCUGCUAACACUUUCACAUGUUCACAAUUAUUUUCCAAAUACUCCAGAAGCUGAUAUUGAUGCCUCUAGUAGCUACUUAACAAAUACAGUGGUACCUCUAGUUGCGUUCACCUCCAGUUACGUAUCCUGGGGGAGUAUUUUUCUGGGUUUCGCCACAUGUGCAUGUGCAGAAGCACUAAGCCGUGCCGCAUGCAUGCAUGCACAGAAACACUAAAGUGGGCCACACACAUGCACAGAAGUGGCACUUCCGGUUAUGAAUUCCUCGGGAUGCGGCCAGACCUCCCGAAUGGAUCCUGUUCACAACCAGAGGUACCACUGUUUGAUGGAUGAGGCAUCACAUACAAGUGGAUUUGGGACUGUAUAGCUACAUGCCACACUCAUAGCAUCUGAGAAUGGUUGGGUUUCACCAGUGGAAUAUGGCCAGAGCAGUGUUUUUGCAGAACUAAGGGAGCAAAAGAGAAAAGCACAAUAGGGGAAAGAGGCAGUGCUGAUGGUGCACCUCACCUGGUCACCUGGGAGCAAUUGUCACUCACCACAGGCAACCACUUAGUUAGAAAGCUGCCUUGUUUCAUCAAAGGCCAGGCCAUAAACCUUGCCAUCAGCAGACAGAAAUAGGUGUUAUCACACAAAGGCAUGGUAAGAUGUGGUGAUCUAAAAUACAAAACAGGUAAACAGAAAUAGUUCCUUUGCUGGACUCUAGAUCCCAUCAUCCCUGGGCAUUGACCAUGUUGGCUACAGCUGAUGGGAGCUGGGAUCCAAUAGCAUCUUCAGGACACAGGUUCUCCACUCCUCCUUCAUAGAUUUGCUCACUGGAAGAAAAUAAGCUUUUGAAGGCCUGGGAUGAAGUACAUGCUGUAUUGUUCUCUUCAGUUUCCGUUUCUUGUAUCAUUUUUUUUCUUUUUAUGAAAAUGGUUUCUUCACACACUGCACAAAUUAAUAAAGAUUAAUAAAGAUUUUAAUAUCUCAUUAAAAGUAAUUAAUAGGAUUCUUACAGUUUCUUUUGUCAGGAUUCAGCAAGCUUUUCAGCACUUAAUUAAAGGGGUUUUUUUGUUUGUUUUAGAGCACUGGCAUAUUUUAUGCAGAGAUUGGGUAGCCAUCUGUCAUGUAUGAUUUAGUUAAGAUUCCUACAUUUCAAGGGGUUGGAUUAGAUGACCUUUAGGUUCCCUUCCAGCUCUACAAUUCUAUGUUUCCAUAGAAAAAUGUCUACAUUUCUUGAAGUUAUAUGCACCCUUUCCUUAUUAUUUAAAGGCUCGCCGUAAAGCGCAGCAGGUCACCGCAAAUACAAAGUCAUCAGAAGUCAAGCAGAAAAUUUCAUCUCGAGCCUUUUCUCUGCGAUACUUGUCGAACCUCAUUCCUUCAGUCUUUAAUGAUCUUCACAAUAAGGGUUUCUUCUUCGAUAUCAUAGAAAGAGGUAUGUAUCAUUUUUUUAUUGCACAUAAGCUUUUAAAACGGGAAUUCUGCAUCACAAAGUUCAGGGCUGAUUAACCCCCAGCUGAGGGUUAACCAGGCCUCCCCAAGCAAUUUUUUUCUGGCCCCCCAAUUCUGGUGACACUGGCAAAAAAGACAGAUAUUUAAACCUCUCCACCCAGUCCACCACCUUAACAGGGACGCCUCUCACACCUCCCUAGCCAUCAGAUCAACAACCCUUUUGAUAACGCCCCACCCCAUGAUCCAUGGAUCUACAUGGACUGUGUGCUUAUGUGUGUCCUGUGCGUACACAGCCUUGUGAAGGUAGCUACACCCACAACUGGUACAUGGUUGGCAAAGGGUGGACGUGCCCCUCAGACCAAAAAACAGGUUAGCCCCCUGGUGGAAAGAAUCAGCUAAAAUGAACUGAACAAGGACACACACAUAUCUGCAGACAGCUGAGAUAUUUUGGAGCAUUAAAAAGAAGAGAUGUAUAUUUCAGACCACUCAGCUUAGAACAGAAGAAUCCUGGUCAUCUUUGCUUGUUCCAAAAUGAAGUCCUUCUGUGAAGCAAUGUAUAACUGAACUACCACAAAACGUGGUGAUGCCCACCAAUUUAGAUGACUUUCAGACAGGGCACAAGUCAUGGUGGCUAUGUAUUGCCUCCCCUCUCGGAGACAGUAUGCCUCUUGAAUAUCAGUUGCUAGGCAGCACUAGAGGGGAGAUGUCACUGCACUCCUGUCCUGCCUUUCAGCUUCUCAGAGGCAUCCGGGUGGCUAUUGUGUGGGCAGAAGGAUGGUCUUGUGGGUCUUUGGACUGAUCCAGGUGGACUCUUUUGCUCUCUUACAUCAUAUAGAUAUUGAGAAAGAAUUCCUUCCAUAUUUGAUGAGCGGCGUGGUAAAAAGAAUGGCAUCGAACCAGCUAGGAAGAGUAAUGACUGACUGUAAGUUAGUAGAAAUAACCAUAGAGAAAUUACCAUACAGACUGAUUACAGAAUAGCAAAGUCAUGUCACUGUGAUCAGGGACUCAGCUACAUUAGUAAAGAAACAGCGAUUUGAAUGCACUAUAAACAUGCAGCACCAGAUGGCACCAGAGACCAGGAAAUUUAAAAACUCAAUUUUCCAUAGAGAUUAUUUUCCUUUGUUAACAAGAUCUAAUUUCUGACUUAUUUUUCCUGUGUUUAGAUCCACUCCAAGUGUGAUCUCAGGUACCGUUCUUAUUAACAAACAAACAAACAGAAUUGAGCAUUACAAGUAUAUUUCACUGUUAUAAACACACUUACUGUUAGAACUCAGCUUGCAAAUUAUCCAUGAAGAGUUGAUGUAGGUAAACUUAAGAGAAGUCCAAAUGUGAGCCCAAUUUUGUUUCUGGUACAUAAUAAGAAGGCUGAUUCAAAAACUAUUGAGAAAACUUAGAAUGACAAGCCCAAUAACAGGAAUGUUUAUUGAACUAUUGUGAAUAAGUAGUUCUGGGUUGCACCCCAUUGAAUUCCAUUCAGUGACAUUAAUGGACCUUCAUUAGCUGUCGUCUGUUAGCUACAGUGGGUCUACUUGUAGCUAAUGUUCACAGCUGCCAUAUGUGCGGGGGGACACACACAAUAAUUUUGGGGUCGUCCUUCAAAAAGCUCAACAACUUUUAGGGUGUCCUGGUCUUCUUACUUUUUAAAAUAUGGGAACCCUCCAAUGCUAGAUGCAAACUAAUGUUUCUAACUGUAUAUUUCAUAGAAUCAUGUGGAGUUAGUGGGGAUCUUAUAGAGUAUAUUGUCCAACUACUGCUCAGUUCAAGAAACCCAGAGCUAGAACAUCCCUAAUAGUUGGCUGCUACUGAAAGAGCUCCACCAGGGAGAGGCCACCACCUUUAUAAGUAAUGGAUUUCGUGGUUGAAUUGCUCUUUCUGAUAUAAGUCAGCCAAAGUUAAAUUUGGCUCAAAUGAUUUGAGCAGUCUCUCAUGCUGAAACUAGUGGGAAAGUUUUUACUUCAAGUCAUAUCCUGCCCUUCCUUCCUUUCCUAUGUAUUUAAAAUUUCAUAAACGUGCCUAAUGGGACUUUUGACUGUCUUAGGGCAGCAGACCCAGGCACCCCAAAUUUCAGACAGGAUUUGCUGUGCUGGGGAAUCAUGCAUGUGCCAGUGGUUUUUUUAGGACAUGCAAAUCUAAAGACAAUACAGUGCUUUUUUCUGGGGGGACAUAGGGGUAUGCACAUAGCUGUCAACGUUUCCCUUUUUUAAAGGGAAAUUCCCUUAUUCCGAAUAGGAUUCCUCGCAAGAAAAGGGAAAAGUUGACAGCUAUGGGUAUGCAUACCCCUAAAAUCUUUGUGAAUCUAAGUUUUGCCUCACUGAGGGGCAGUAUUUAAAUAGAAGUAGGAAAAUUGGAGUACCCCUAAACAUUUUUUUUAGGAAAAAAAGCACUGGGCAUAUGUAUCUCUUGACUAUCAUUGAUCUUCCUAAGGAACUCCGAAAACAAGACAACACCCAAAGAUGAAAAGCACUUUCCUGCACAUGUAAACCUCUGUUUCUUUCAUUUUCUAGCCUUUUUGCAUUUAGUUUCUGACCUAUGUAUGUUUUAUGAACUAUGUAUUCUUUUCCUAAUGAUAUCUAAUUAUCCCCUGAGCCCUUGUGGACAACUAUGCAUCAAAAUAAAUCAGUACAAUUGCCGUGCCGACUAUAGCUUCAAAGAAAUUAUCUAAAUGGCUCAUUGGAUAAACUCCCAUUCAAAGCAAUUAAAUUUUCAGGCUUAAUUAAUGACGUGGUUGGAAAGAGGUUGAAGGACUUUGCCGAAAAUCAGCCAAUUGGUCGCCUACCACGACGUCAAAAAUCGUGGAAAAAUGCUCGUUUCCCUACUACUGGAAAGUAAAGUGGCUAAACUCCAAAGAAGCAGGUAAUGGGAAAGAAAUUAGGUAUUGGUCCUAUCAAAAUGAUAUACAGCCUGAUGAUAAUAAUCUCAAUGACUGCUGAUGGCCCUGCAGGGACCAGGGCCGCACUGCCUAGGCAGCGAGAUCAGAAAAUUGCCUCAGGUGGCAGAUCCCUCCUCUUGUGCCUUCUCUGCGCCUGGCUGCCUGCUUUGCCAAAAUCUGCCACUGCCUCCUCCAUGCCUGCCUGCCACAGCUGUCUCCAAGGCUGCAGGCAGACACUGAGGAGGAGGAGGCAGGCGGCAGCAGAGGAGGAAGACAGGUGGGCACGGAGGCAGCAGCGGGGAGGGCCAGCAUUUUCUGUUUGGCCUGGAGUGGCAGGACAUCCAUGGCUGGCCCUGGCAGUGACAGUUUCUAAUGGGAUCGCAGCUGGGGAAAGAAAGCUAAACCUCCCCUACACAUCCACUGUAGUGCCCAUGAAAAUGACUCCACCCUCCCCAAACACAUGCCAGGUAUUUACAAAUCCAGAUGUCUUUGCUAGCUAUGUAAUUAAAGUAAUGUUUACUUAGGCCCUGAGAUAAUGAAGACACGGAGGGAUCUGACCAAAAUUAACUGCAUUCCACUCACAAUUGUUUAAAUGACAGACGGCGCAUUCAGGCAUUAUUAGAACUGAGGUGAAAGAAGUCGUGCGAAUGCUGCAGGCAGCAGCCCUGUGCUCACAUACCCGUUUGUGGCUUUGCUAGAUCCAGUUUCAACCUUCACUUGUUCAGCAGAAAAAUAUUCUGCACAUGCUCAGUUAAAGGUGCUUAGGUGCCUCCUUGGGACUGCAAAACCUCAUUACGCAGGUCUCCUCACCUUAGGCAAGCUUCUGAGGGCAUUCAGCUACAUAUUCUUAGAAGCUCCCUUCAGUCCUUUGCAUUGAAGAUGCAAAGGUUGAAAACAGCAUCCAUGUGGAUGUUUGCGGGUUGGGGGUGAGGUCUGUGUGCAUGGCCCCCCAAAUUAUUGCAAGUUAUUGCAAUUAAUGAUGAUGAUGUUCUUAUAUUACCCCAGCUAUUCUGGGCAGCUCCACUGGGCGUCUUAACAACCCCAGUUCUAAUAACACCAGAAUAAGGCUUCUGUUAAGAACGUGUGUAUGUUUUAUUCCCAUUCAAAUGGAUGAGAUUUUAAAACGUUUUAACACUGGCUGGAUCAAACCUUUAAUACAUAACUUUAAAAUAGAUUUUAAUCCCUGCACUGAAGUUCAGUAAGUUUUACCACUAGAUGUCAGUAAUGCCAUUAGAAACCGAAAAUUACACACCUCUUGAUGAAUGCUUUUGCUUUUACCCACAAACCCUCUGGCUUGCUGAAGGUGUAUGCAUUCCUUAAUAGAGUAAUCUGAUGCAUGCCUACUCAGACUUGUUGAAUCCAGUGGAACUUGCUGCCAGGUAAGUGUGCAUAGGAUUGCCCACACUGGAGUAAUAAUCAGGAGUUUAAAGACAAUUUGCGGUUGCUGUUGCAUCUUUCACAGUCACUCUGGCCAACUUUUAUCAGUGAAAAACAAGGCCAGAGUUUGUGUUGGGGUGUAACUCAGAUUGUUGUUAUCAACACACAAUGCCCCCCCAAAAAUCCUAUAUAUGAGCUAGGUUUCCUUGGGAAUUCAAACAGCCAGGUCAGGAGCGUAUCUACAUGUGUAAUUCCAAUUAUCCUUUUGUGAGUAGUAUGUCUGUCUCUGUUAUGGGUGGAGAACCUGUAGACCUCCAGCUGGUGCUGGAUUGAAACUUCCAAAGUGGCCAUGUUCACUGCAGCUGGUGGAAACUAGACUCCAACAUCUGGAGGGCCAUGCGUGAGCCACUCCUCUUUGAGCAUGUACCAGUCAUAGUGGUGAAUCACAUCAUUUACAUGUUGAAAGACUCUUGGGAACAAGAGAAAUCUGCAUUGUCUCCCAGUACGUUUCCAAGCACAAUUCAAAGUGUUGGUGCUUGGCCACUUACAAUGUUAGCUUGCCCCAAAUCAGGCAGUUUUAGGGUGGCGCAAAUGGUGUGGUGGCACUGGGCGCCACACUGCAGGGAGCACUAAACAGUGCUGUAGAACAGAGCGCAAGAGGCUUGGGAGGAGCUGAAUUUUGGCAUUACACAAGGCACCACUGAAAUUUGAGAGCCCAAUGUCCGCCACUGCCAAAAUGCAAUGGCUCAUCCGCUGCCCAUCCCCAAAGAAUGUCUGAAGACAUGGCAGAAAGAGAGGAGAGUGACUGAGGGAACAGCAGCAGAGGAAAUGUGUGGAACUACAGUGGCAAGCAGCAGCACUGGACAGGGGAACCUGGUGGACAUUAGAUGGGAGCCCAUGGGUGACACCUACUGAAGCCUAAGUCAGACUGAACAUUCCUUUCACACAGCUCUUCAUAAUAGUCUUCUUGCCAGUGUGGUGUAGUGGUUAAGAGCGGUAGUCUCGUAAUCUGGGGAACUGGGUUCGCGUCUCCGCUCCUCCACAUGCAGCUGCUGGGUGACCUUGGGCCAGUCACACUUCUUUGAAGUCUCUCAGCCACACUCACCUCACAGAGUGUUUGUUGUGGGGGAGGAAGGGAAAGGAGAAUGUUAGCCGCUUUGAGACUCCUGAAGGGGAGUGAAAGGCGGGAUAUCAAAUCCAAACUCUUCUUCUUCUUCUUGCUUAUGAUGUGUCUGAUCAGAAUUUGCCACAACCAAUAUCUGCUGAUGAGUAAGCCUUCUUAAGGAAUGCACAUUUGCAGGGGGAUGCUGAGUCACAUUAAUGGAUUAUGCUAGGUGUGGUUAUGUAUCAGCUCUUAGACCUGGAAAUCUUGGCCAGUUAUAAUAGGGAAGAACUGAGACCCUUCUUCUUUUCUAGAAUCUCUAGAUAUUUCUGAUAUAUAGGAGCCAGAGCAAGCUAGUUUUAUUUUUAAUUCAUUCAUUUAAACAAUUUAUAUUAACGACAAUAGUCCCUAAGCAGUUUACAAAGCUGCAGUAUAAUGCUACAAUGAAUACAUUCCUUUUAAAACAGAUCUGGACCCAGGGAUGGGGAAUGUGUAGUCUGUAGAUGGCAGCUGGACUAUAACUUCCAUCAUCCCUGAACAAACAGCCUGGGGCUGAUGGGAGUUGGAGUCCAACCAUGUUCCCACUGAAAUCAGACAUGCACUUACCAUUUUGGUAUUUCAUCACUGACUGAAAACAUUUCUGUUUUGCCAAGCAUUUUCAGAGAAUUAAUUUGAUUCAGUGUCAGUCAUUUGUUCUCUGUUUCCUUAUUUCAUAUUUUUAUGAUUUUUUUUUAACACCACAGUUUUUAAAAAUGUGUUGGCAGUUUGGAAAUACUUUUAUAAACUGGCUAAAAAAAUAAAUCUGAAAGAACACUAUCCCAUAUGUAACCUGAUGUAGUUGGAGGACUGUUUUCUGUAUUCCAGAGGUGGCGCUGUGUCUUUGUUUUGCCACAGUUACACUUCAUCUAUGGGCAGAGGUGUAAACCAGGGGGAGUUGGGAGGGGGGUUCUCGUUUCCAGGGGUUUUUUCUGGCUGAGUCAGACACUGUGAGCUGAAUGCAUCAGACCAGGUGGAACAGCAGGAUGUAUUUACUCUGCCACCUCAGGUAUACCUCAAAAGCAUGUGUAUUGCUAUGCCAACAGUUCAAGUGGAACCUUGCCACUUAAAAGAGCACCGCUGCAUUCCACUGUCGAAAAGCAGUGUAAUCUUUAACCACACCUGAAAGCAGCCCCACCUUUUCAAAACUGAACCUCUCUUGUGCCAGCUCUGUAGAACAAUCUGAAGUUGUUAAUUAAGCCCAUGUUAUAAAGCCAAGUUUGAAAGUGAAGUACCGAGAGAAUUAAUUAUUACAUUUUCCGAAGGGUCUAAGUGAUGCUCCUUCAAGCCUCACUGUCUGGGCAGCAAGUCUACAUGUGUAGAUUUCUUUGGCUCUCUAAUUCUUUGGAGUAAAUGAAGCAGUGACUUGCAUGGAGCAGUCAGCCCCACUUUGCCAGGUGACGCUGUAACUCAGUGGUGGAGCUUAGGCCUUGCCAUGUCAAAAGAUCCCAGGUUCAAUCCCUAUCUGAAACCCUGGAAAGUUGCUGCCACCCUGUGUAGACAAUACUAGGCUAGAUGGGGACCUUCUGGAUGCAAAGCAGAUGCUCUGAAUGAUCAACAAGUAGGUACAAUGGUACUGUCUAAUAACAAAGGUUUGGAUUUUUAUCGAGCAAUUCUUUUUCAUAUAUUUAUAUCACAGCAAAGUUAAGAAAUUAGUGCGUCUGAUUUCAGUGGGAAAGUUAAGCAGGUGUUUAACUUUCUCCUGCCGAAGUCAAUGUUGAACUUUUAAAUGUUUGGCUGGAUCGUGUCGUAAGUCUUGAUGCAAUGUACUUUUAAGAUAAUGGUGUGAACUGGAGAUGAUAAAACAAAAGAAUGAAUAAAAUCAAGCACUUCCUAAAAAGUGAUGUAGAGCCAAGUUCUCCGAACCCUUUCCAGGUUGUCAAUGUCCUUGCUUACAUAUUCAAAAUGGGCUCUCUCCAGUGUGAAGGUUGUAAAGCAUUUUUAAAUACUUAGAUGAUAAAAGAGACAAUGCACAGUUUUAACAUAAACUUUUCUGUGUUUUAACAGGGAUCUUUAAUAUAUUCAAGAAGAUUGCACAUCGUUAUCUGGGAACAUCAACCAAAUAUUGAAUUUGUCCUGCUGAAAAUUAUCCCCAGGGCAAAUAAUAAAAUGAAAAUUACUGUUUUGGUUUUUUCCUAAUGUUGGCAAACUUGAUAAUUUUAUUACAACAAAAUUGUUUGUUCUAAUCUUAACUGUAUGUUUUGCCCUUAUUUCUCUUAUUAGUUAUUGUUAUUGUUGUAAUCAACAGGAUAGUAAGCUUUUAAGAUGAGAAGAAAAUUACAUAAAUGUUGCAUGUGUGUAUUUUUCAGUACUUAGGGGGUGAGAUCCAAGGUAGAUCCAAGCAGGGAUCUACUCACACAAUUGGACUUCUGCUUCUGCUUCCUCUUGCAGUCUUCCUUAAGCUCACCAAAUCUGUGCUGGACUGUUGGCACAGAUUUGGGGGAGAUGUGGGGGGACGAGAAACCAGAAGUCCCGCUGUCCAAGCAAAUUUUCAUUGCCCUAGCAGGCAGACAUCACCGGAUGUUGCCCAGAGCUUUGAGUAUGUUGUUUUUAUUCAUUUUAAUAUUGUUGCAUUUUUAAUUGUUUAAAUGUUGUUUAAUGCUCUAGAAGUGCUGUGGAGAAAACGUUUCUGAAGGGUGUAAUAUAAAUCAUAUCACUGAUAAGUAGAAGCAGAUUGUACUCAUUCUUUAUAUGUGUGUGUUUCAUUCAGGGGCGGCACAUGCUGUUUUGCCGCUUGAGCCGAAACAGAAAGCGCUGCCUUGCCCUGCCACUGCAGCCCCCACUGUCAUACCUGCUGCCGCUGGAGCCGCUUCUCCACCUGCCCUGCCACCUCUGCCGCUGGUGAAGCGGUGCCAUCAUUGGCAUCAAUUUUGGGUUGGAUCUCACCUGAUUGGGCCGAAACGAGUGCUGCUACUGCACUGGCGGCAGGGCAGAUGGGGCCCCUGCAGGACUAAUGCCUUGGUGGCUGCUUCUGCCUAAGACAGCUUCCUCAGUCGUUCUAAUGACUGAGCUGGCUCUGGUUUCAUUGUGUAAAGAGAAUUUAAAUGCAUUUUAAAAAUAAAUGAACGUUCUACAGUUAGAAA